GCUCCGAGCGGGCUUCAGAGAAAGUCAACCCCGCUGCGGGGACAGGCUCCGGGCGGGAUGCUCGUGUCCGGUCGGCUGGUCCUCGUCCCGUCGCCUCUCACCUGCAUCCAUCCGCGCCCAUGAAGCCCCCGCUGAUGAAGCACUUAGCUGCCAGAGUGAGGUGGAAAGUGGCCGGAGACGGAGAGCAUGUACUGGCGUGUCGGGUUCGCCUGGACGCGGUCGUGUGUGGUUGAUCUGGGUCCGAAUCAGAGCCUCUCCUCCGGUCUGCUGGGCUCCGAUGAGCAGCUCUCGUUUUACGGGUACAUCAUCGCGUACCCACUGCAGGACUGCGGCGGGAUAAUGUCAGCUUUGGGCUCGGAUUCGUGGUGGCGGAAAACACUGUAUUUGACUGGAGGGGCUCUGCUCGCUGCUGCUGCUUAUCUGCUGCACGAACUGCUGGCCAUCAGAAAGGAGGAAGAGCUGGACUCUAAAGAUGCCAUCAUACUCCACCAGUUCUCCAGGCCCAAAACUGGCGCCCCAUCCUUGUCCCCUUUCUGCCUUAAGCUGGAGACCUACCUCCGUAUGGUUGACCUGCCCUACCAGAACUACUUUGAUGGGAAGCUUUCGCCACAGGGAAAGAUGCCGUGGAUUGAGUACAACCAGGAGCAAGUGUGUGGUACCGAAUUCAUCAUUGAUUUCCUGGAGCAGAAGCUAGGCGUGAGCCUCAAUAAGAGCCUGACAAUGCAGGAGAAGGCCUUAUCUCGUGCCAUUACCAAAAUGGUGGAGGAACACUUCUACUGGACUAUAGCUUACUGUCAGUGGGUGGACAACCUGGAGGAGACCCAGAAGAUGCUGUCGGUGAGCGGUCCACUGAGCGACCUACUCAAGUGGAUCCUGAGUCACCUGACAGGUGGGAUUGUCAAGAGGGAGAUGUACGGGCAUGGAAUUGGACGUUUUUCUACCGAGGAGGUUUACGCUUUGAUGGAGAAGGACAUGCGCACCCUGGCCACACUGCUAGGUGAUAAGAAGUACAUUAUGGGGUCUAAACUUUCAACAGUAGAUGCCGCAGUGUUCGGUCACCUGGCCCCUGCCAUGUGGAUGUUACCAGGAUCACGGCCGGAGCAGCUAAUCAAAGGUGAGCUGAUCAACCUCGCCAUGUACUGUGAGCGCAUCCGUCGGCGAUUCUGGCCUGAGUGGUUCGUAGACCUGGAGGACUUCCGCUACAACGACACCACAGAGAGCAGCGAUUCGCCCUCGAAACUCCCUGAUCUCGGCCUCUACUCCCGCACGGACACUUUCCAGGACGAUACGCGCUCACACACUUUACACACUCACACGCCACAAGACCCACCAUCGUCUCAUAGUGACCCCACGGGCCACUCGUUGUAUGACUCUGACAUGGACACGGAGUGCUCUGAGAUAGACCAGCCCAAGUGUUGAUGAAACACACACACACACUUAUAAUACAUGCUACAUAUAGGCACACCACAGGAGGGAGCUGCAUCCCACCUAUGUUCUACCUCUUAGAACAGAAAACAAGCGGGGAGUGUUUUUGGUGUUGCCUGUGUCGGUGGGGACGUUGAGGAUGUAGAAGGGUAAACUGUAGUGGAGGAAAGAUUGCAGUACAAGGAAAAAAGAGGUACAACAGAGACGAGACUGGAGAACAAGUGAAGAGAGAAAAACUGAAGAAAAAAGAAAAUGCAGGUUUAAACGUAAAAAUUAAAAUCAUUCAAAUCAGGAGUAAAUGACGCAGUUGCUGAGAAACUCCUCCACAUCAACUGCAGCCACAACCUUCUACCUGUCGUCUAUCUCGUGCCCACCGUUGUCCCUCAUAGCAGCUCGUGCCACCCAGCACUGCGUGUGUGUGUGUGCGUGUGUGUGUGUGUGUGUGUGUGUGUUGACCAACUGAACCUUUAAUGCCUUGUAGGGACCUGUACAGAAAGAAAAUGUUUUGGUGUAAAUAGAUCAAUGAAUCUGACUUGAUUCUCAGAUUUAAUAGAUAAAAAAUUAUUAUAUAUAUAUAUAUAUAUAUAGAGAGAGAGAGAGAGAGUAUAAAUAAUAUAGAAAGCCUGGAAAUAUAGCAUUAUGUUGUCUGUCAUUUGGUGUAACUAUUGUAGGUGUUUGGCCUGUGAAUUCCCACUCUGCUGAUCUAGGAUCAGCAAGAGGAAAAGAUAAUGGAUGGUAAACUGCCAUCUUCCAUGAAUCUUUGUCUUAUUGAGACAAUUAUAUUGCCAAAAAAAUCCCUACAUCAGAAUCUUAAUGUAUGCUGCUGUAAGCAGGAGAUUUUGAGAGUUGAGAGCACGUCAAACAAUCAUGUAGAAAUAGAGUGACAGAUACACAGUCUGAGUCAAAGUGCAUGGCUGAUUCAGGCUCAUAAAAAUCUCCCUUAACACCCACACUGAUAAUCUUUAUCUGCAUUUCUUAGUGAGCCUGGUACAGUGGAAUGAUGUAGUUUGUUUGUCGGUGCCUCCGGCCAAAUCAGCCAUGCAAGCAUGUAGCCGAUGGAUCUCGUUUUCUUUCAGCAUUUAGGUUUUUGUGACAGACAUCUCAUAAUUCAAAAUGAUGAACUGCUUAGAAAAUGUUACAUAAAGCAAUAAGAGAGCAGACACAGGUCCACUUUGUUCAUUUUGAACUUUAUGCCGGGCUUUGAUGAAUUAGGGUUGUGUUGGUAAGGUGCAGGUUCUAUAUGUGUUUGUCGUUCAUCAAACACACGUACUGACAACUUUCUGUGUGUUAAACCUGCUUUUAUAGCAUGUGUGGAACCGAGGGCGAAAAUACCAUUAAUGCUUCUGUGCACAUUAACUUCGUUUUAUUUAUUUAUUUAUUGAUGUUGCAGUUUAAAACAGGAGAUUAUGUUAUAGGAUAAAAAGUCAUCUUCAUACACCCAAUCACACCAGGAGGUGAUACAGUGCAAUGUAUUUUACAAGUAUUUAGCUCUAGAAGUUUGGUGGUAGUACAUGCAAUCAUGGUAAAAAGAAAGUACACCCUCUUUGAUCUUUUCCAGGUUGUAAAAUAAUUUAUGUGCAACCUCAGGUGAACAGCAACAUGUCACAAUUACACCAUGUCAUUAUUUAUUUAACAGAAAUUCUCUCACAUUGUUGUGGAGGAAUCUUUAAAACGCUGCGUCAGUUCUUUGAGGUUUGCUGGCAUUCGUUUAUGCACAGCUCUCUUAAGGUCCCACCACAGCAUUUCAGUCAGGUUGAGGUCUGGACUUUGACUGGGCCAUUGCAGCACCUUGAUUCUUUUCUUUUUCAGCCAUGUUGUAGAUUUGCUGCUGUGCUUGGGAUAUUUGUCCUGUUGCGUGACGCCAGUUGAGCCCAGCUUUAGCUGUCAGGCGGAUGACCUCACAUCUGACUCAAAAAUACAUUGCUAUUCUAUACAGAGGAGUUCAUGGGUUACUCGGUGACUGCCAGGUGCUGCAAGAUGAAAGACGAGCCUAAAUCAUCACCCCUCCACCACCGUGCUUUACUGUUGGUAUGAUGCGUUUGUGCUGAUGUGCAGUGUUUGUUUUUCCCAAAACGUGGUGCUGUGCAUUAUAGCCAAAUAUCUGCACUUUGGUCUCAUCUACCCAUAGAAAACUGUUCCACAAGUCUUGUGGUUUGACCAGAUGCAACUUUGCAGAGCUAAGCCGUGCUGUUAUGUUCAUAUCAUGUUUUAGAAAGAACAGGUUUUCUCCUAGAAACCCUUCCAAACAAGCUGUACUUUUUCAGUCUUUUUCAAAUUGUACUGUUAACAUUUAACAUGCUGACAGAGGCCUGUAGAGUCUGAGAUGUAGCUCUUUUCUUUUUUUCUCUGAGCGCUGCACGGUCUGACAUUGGUGUGAAUUUGUUAGGACAUCCACUCCUGGGAAGAUUGGCAGCUAUUAUCAGUGUUUCCAACUUGAGAAUAAUCUUUCUCACUGUACAAUGAUGGACUUCAAAUUGUUUGCAAAUGGCAUUCUAACCAUUCCCAGGCUGACGGGCAGCAACAGCUGCUUCUUUAACAUCAUUGCUGAUGUCUUUCCUUCUUAGCAUUGUGUUAAUGCACACCUGAACGCUCCAGACCAGCAAACUGCUAAAACUUCUGCUUUUAUAGAGGCGCUCACACUCGCUGAUGACGAUGAAUGAUUAAUGAGGUGCAUUUGAUUAGCAGCACCUGGCUGCUACGUACCUUCUUAAUUCCUAUGGAAGCAGUAAGAGUGUACAUGCGCACUGCUUCUUAGUUUUUGUUAAAUAAAUAAUGACAUAAUAUAAUAUGUCGCGUUAUUGUUCAUCUCAAGUUGUAUUUACCUUAUUUUAAAAUCUGGUAAGGACCAGAUUUUUUUUUUUUUAAUGUCCUGAUAUCUAAAACUGUAAAACUGAAAGUGGGUGUACUUCAUUUUCACAUAGCUGAGUUAGCUGGCUGAACUCUCCAAUCACAGUUCCUCCCAGACAUUUAUUCUCCCCACUGUACAUUGUAUCAAGAAAUUACAUAGUUACUGAAACUAAAUGUUCUCUUGGGGAACUUCAGGGAAACUAAAGAUCUCACAGCCAUCAAACUUUGGACCUGUUCAGUAAUUACAGAUGGAAAAACAAAUUUAAACCCUGAUGUGAGGCUUUUAUUGAGAUGUGUCAUCAUAGGCAUAUAGUGGAUGUCAGCCAGUAAGUUACACUGAACUGUAACACAGAAAUGCCAAAAAUAUUUUUGGUCUAAUUUUAAAAACUGCAUCUCCAGUUAGUCAUUUGUCCACCAGAGUGCACUGGAAGCUGUUUUUCAAAUAUACUCACAACUCCUGCUGCUCUCAGUUCUAAUCGCCACAUUUAUUGGAUGACAUUAAAAAUGUCUCUUGUGCUACAAAUAUGUUGUUUUGUACAUUUGACUUUUUCAAAUACUGAUGCCCGCCUCCAAAAUGUGCAAGUGUGGCUCUGUUUGUGAAGAUGCUGCAUGUAUGUGUAACUUUUUUUUUUUUUUUUAAAUGUAGCAUUAACUUAAAGGUAAUUUGAAAUAAGAAGCAACAAUCUUACAUCAUGAAAAGAACUGAUGGCAAAAGAAUCAAAAGGAUGUUUUUUUUUUUUAUCCUUAAGAUAUUAUUAUGAUGAUUCUGAUGUCAUUUUAAAACCAUGAUUCUGAAUAUGAUGAUACCUCGAUGAUAUAAAUGAUGCCUCUCUGUGGCAUUCCAGGUUCUUUGCUCAAUUGUUGGUCAGAAAUCAGAGUUUAAUCUAAGCCUUUAGGAGGGACACGGCAGACACUGAAGCCUUUGCAGGUGUGUGUGUGUGUGUGUGUGUGUGUGUGUGUGUGUGUGUGUGUGUGUGUGUGUGUGUCAGUAGAGUAACAGAAACUAAACAGCUAAUGAACUGAAAAGUUUUGUUUGGUGUCUUAAACCCCUCACCUGCAUGCUGUUGCCUUCUAACAUCAAUAGUCAGAUUCAGCCUUAUAGGAACUGAAGCUAAACUGUUUACUUUAUACCAGUGCCAGCAUAUGACUUGAUUUUGUAUGUUACAUUUAUUUAUUAUAUAUUUGUUUUAUGAUAUCAUUUAUUCCGAUGGCUGAUCUGCUUGAAUUUAGGAAACAAUUCCACUUUAAACCAUUUUGCACUUUAGUUCUGUUUACAUGUGUUUUGUUCUAUGGCUGAGAAUUACUGGCAGACUCAUUUAUGGAUUUAUGCAUUCGUGCAAUACUUUAGAUUCUCUUCAGACUUCUGCGCGCAUAUGAUGCUACAAAUAUCCAUGCAAGUCAUUGCAGUAAUUGCAUGUCUAACCAAGACCUGGAAAAUGUUCGAAUUUACACCUGUGGUUUGCUGUGUGUCUAUCAUUUGCUGCCUUUAUAAAAAAAAAAAAAAAAAUCACUGUGCAGUGGUUUAUGUUCAGCUAAAGCUGAGAUACCAAACUGACACUCGGAUCUUCUGUCAGCGGGGCGAGGUGAGUCAUCCUGCUGAUCGGCUGAUCAUCAGCGUCUCCUCUCUCUCUUUCUUGUGACUUCACCUAUUGCAGUACAAAUUGCAAAAGUCCUCCUGACACGUGUUUGUUGCCAUCUCUGUCUGUCUCAGUGUUCUUCGGCAUCUCAAGGUCAGAAGUCGGGGUUCGAGCCCCGCCCCGCGUGUCGCUUUUCCCAUUCUACCCCAAUUCCUGCUUGUAGACUUGCAGAAGACACGUUGCAUUGUCUCUCUUGAUGUUGUGUGUGCAGAAACACUUGUGGUAUCUCAUUGGACUGUAAAUAAGUGAGCCAGAAAAAAGGCAAACUAUAUAUAAAUAUAUAAAUAUAUGAACAUGACCGAAAAGAAAAUUCUCUGCAAUGUUUAAAGAAGAGAUUCUUAUGAAUGUAUCAUAAUUAGAGAUAAAAUU